AUGGAAGCCAAGGCUAAUGAAGAUAUUAGCAAACGUUUGUAUGAAGAUUUUGAACCUUAUUGUAAAUGGCUCACAAAUGAAGGACAAAAGAUCCUUGAGGUUGAUUUGAAAGGUUUCAAAAAAGAGCAACUUAAGGUUCAAACCAACAAUAAAGGGGUUCUAAGAAUUUAUGGAGAAAGACCUCUAAGUGCAUCUAAUAAGAAAUGGAAUCGUUUCCAUAAAGAAAUUAGGGUUUCAAAAGAUUGUGAUGUGAGUGGGGUUCAAGCAAAGUUUUCUCAAGGGAUUCUUUCUAUUGUGUUGCCAAAAAGUGAAGUAACUCAACAUGGCAAAGAUGUUGCAACCAUAGAGAAACAUUCAUUAUGGGGGGUGCAAAAGAGAAAAAGAACAACCAUUCAAAUUGUGCUUGGAAUAGUGGUUGUGGUUGCACUAGGGACUUAUGUGGCAAGAAUAUUAGAAAAUAAAUACCAUUAUGAUGCAUUUGAGAAGGUUAAUGUUGUGAAUAUUUAA